AAAACUGAGACCUCCUGGUCACCCGCCGCCGGGCGUUUUAGAAACUCCCACAAGCUCUGCCUUCCCUCACUGGUCCUCUUCAAAACCCCUCUUAGUUCUUCGCGGCUAAAGGUAAGCUCUCUCCUUACCUCUCCCUUAUCGGCCCCUCUGGAGAGGAAAGAAGAACUUAAGAGUCGGGUCGCGCUAGCCUCCCGCAGCCGCCGCGCCCACCGACUGCUCCGCCCCUUCUCUUCCGCCUCCGCCAGGCUCGCGCUCCGGGCCGAGUGUGGAGCUGGAACAGAGGGCUGGCAAGGCGCGCAUGCGCACCGAGGGUGGAGCCGCUGAGCACAGAACCGGAAACUUAGAGACAAAGUUCGGAGCCCCGCCCCCGCCGCGCGCCGCUCAGUUGUCUGGCCCAGCCGACCUACGGCCCACGACCCACCGACCCACGAAUCGGCCCGGCAGUCGCUUGCACCAUGUCUGGCUCCUCCAGCGUCGCCGCUAUGAAGAAAGUGGUUCAGCAGCUCCGGCUGGAGGCCGGACUCAACCGCGUAAAAGUUUCCCAGGCAGCUGCAGACUUGAAACAAUUCUGUCUGCAGAAUGCUCAACAUGACCCUCUGCUGACUGGAGUAUCUUCAAGUACAAAUCCCUUCAGACCCCAGAAAGUCUGUUCCUUCUUGUAGAAAAAUGAAUCUUUCAAAGGUUUCCCAAACGACUCCUUAUGAUCCAGUGAAUAUUCAAGAGAGCUACAUUUGAAGCCUGUACAAAAGCUUACCCCUGUAACACAUGUGCCAUAAUAUACAAACUUCUACUUUUGUCAGUCCUUAACAUCUACCUCUCUGAAUUUUCAUGAAUUUCUAUUUCACAAGGGUAAUUGUUUUAUAUACACUGGCAGCAGCAUACAAUAAAACUUAGUAUGAAACUUUUA